GAAUCCGUACGCGCUUAUUGAAGUCCUCACUCGUUCGGAUUAUGAAAACUGUUUUAAUAUAUCACGUUUAAAUAGUUAUUUUUCGUAAUCCACAAUGUUUUCUAUCGCAACGCAUCGCUAAACACCAAAAAAAGACAAAUAUUCUACAAACGUUUUUCACUCGCUCUCGACAUUUAAUUCCCGCAAAAAAAUAAUCUCGCAAAAUAAUUCCGGUAAUUCGGCGGACACAACCACUGGACACAACAAUGAAAACAAUGACAACAUGGCGAACAAUAAUACAAUAUGCUUUUUGCAAUGUGCUUUUAUUUAAAAAAAUAUGGAGUGCUGUGUACAUUCGGACAAAGGUAGUGAUGCAAACGACAAAGUUGUUCAAGUAAGUACGAAAUCCGGCGAAACUAUUCUAUAUUAUGCCCAAGAAUGGAUGAAAACACAAGACGAAUAUGGACGAUCAUAUGGUGAUAUUGCAUCUAAGCUGCUUAAUGAAAUUUUGGGGGGUGAACAAGUAUUUCCUGCAUCGUGUGGUUACCACAGGAAGUGCUACCAGCUUUUCACAAAUAAGAAAAAUCUAAAAUCCUCAAAGAAGAGAAGUAGUCAGUUUGUCGAUGAAAGUAAUGAAAGUAUUCCCAGAAAGAAGACAAGACUAAGUCAAGAUACCACAAGCCAGAUUGUUAAAGGAACAGUGCCAUUAUUUGGAAAAAAAUGCAUUAUCUGCCAAAAGGAAAAAUACAAAAAAGAUAGUAGAACAGGGGCUUAUAAGCCAGAACCAUUGACCAAGUCCCCAAGUGCAGAAAAUGCUGUCAAAGUUGCUGCUCAGAAGAAACAGGAUGAGAAUGUGCUGCUUAUUGUUGAAGGGGAAGAUUUAAUAGCAAAGGAAGCCCAUGAAAUCAUUCAAGAACGUAUUAUUGGUGGUGGUGAAAUAAUAAAGAUCUCGAAAUUGGCAGAAAUUUACAGCAGAUAUUUGCAGCCAGACACAGAUGCAUCUUAUUUGUCAAAUUGGAACUUGAAGCGGAAGUUGAAGAAAUCAUUCCCAUCUUUGGUUUAUAUCAAAGUCAAAGAAAUUGCAAACUGUGAGCUGGUUUGCAGUUGUGAACAAAAUACUAUGUUUGUUGCCCCUGAAUCGACAGAGGAAUCUAGUGACGAAGAUGAAGUACGUGCUAUGGGAAAUUUAGAACCCAACGACCAGCGACAAUUAUUCCUCUCGUCCCAAAUUGUGAAGAAAGCUAUUGAGAUGUCUCCACGAUUAAAUGUUCCAAACCCCCCGUUAGCUUCCGAUCUCACAGAAGAUGCUGCACAAAAAAUUGUGCCAAUUGAACUGUUCAAUUUCUUGGCUUGGAUAACUGGUGUAUGCUGUGAACCAGUUUCUGCUAGUGAAAAAAAAUUGGUAGAGCUUGACAACGACACCGAACGUCAAAAGAUUUUGUCCAUCUGUCAGGACAUUAUCUACCUUAAGUCCAAAGGAAGAAGAAUCGUACCGAAGCAUCUUAUUCUUGGCCUUACAAUUCGACAUCUUACGGGCAGUUCAAAGUUAAUUGACAUUGUAUCAGGACUGGGGCAUUGUAUAUCCCCAAAGGCAGUCAUUGAUUACGACUCAGAUCUUGCCAGAUACCGUGCACAGCAAAGCAGUGUUAUACCACGUGGUUUUAGUGGGUCAUUUACGACAUGUGUAUUUGACAACAAUGACAUAAACGAAGAAACACUGAGUGGAAAAGGAACAACACAUUGCACCACUGGUAUAGUUAUUCAACGGAUGUCCGAAGCUUCUGUACUAGAUGAUGAAAAUCGUCACGGAAUUUCCAAGUCAAGAGGGAAACGAGUAGAGGUGUCAAGUACAGAAAUAGAGCCAUUCGUCUUAAAGAAAAAGCUGAGUCUGUCUACAAGAUUUGAAGUUACUGACAUAGAUGAGAGUAGACCUGUUGGUUUUGAUAACAUUUGCUACGUUCUAGCAAAUUUUCGCUGUGAUGAAGAGGAAGAAACACCUUUACCGUCAUGGAGUGGAUUUUUUACACAGCUCACAACGCAGGUUCCUGAGAAAAGUCGUAUUGGCUAUCUUCCAAUUAUUGAUGGCAGUCCCACGGAUCUUGGCGUCGUCAACGCUGUCCUCUCCCAAAGCAUAGACAUAGCAGACAAACUGAACCAAAAUUCCAUGGUUGUUGUCAUGGAUGAAGCUGUUUAUGCUAAAGCACAGUGGAUCCGUUGGACCAAAGGCAUGUUUCAGAGUCGAAUAGUACUACGCCUUGGUGAAUUCCAUGUCAUUAUGAGCUUUCUCGGAGUGAUUGGCAAACGAUUUCAAGACGGUGGUUUACGCGAUAUUCUCAUUGAAAGCAAUAUCAUCGCAAAAGGAUCUGUCAACGGUGUAUUGUCAGGAAAACACUACAACCGUAGUAUCAGAUCAAUGAAAAUCAUCUAUGAGGCAAUAUACCGUCUCGUUAUCACUGCCUUUUUAGAUUCCAUGUCCGUUGAUGAGAGAAAUUGUUUGGAACAUGUAGUACACGAUAUGAAGGCAGCUUUUAGUAAUGGAACAUUUACUGAAUUUGUAAAGAGUGAUGAUGUCCAAAAUUUCGUGAGAAAGUUACAUGAAUUUACCAGUGAAAGAGGGGGGUCAAAUCCAACCUUUGGUUAUUGGUUAAGUUUCCUUGAAAUGGUAGAUAUACUACUGGAAUUCGUAAGGGCAACUAGAGUGGGUGAUUGGUCCUUGCAUCUCAGCUCGGUUCGACGCAUGUUACCCUGGAUAUUUGCGUACGACCGCGUUCACUAUUCUCGUUACCUACCAAUAUACUGGUUAGAAAUGCUAAACCUGCCAACCAGUAAUCCAGAUAUUCAUGAGCAAAUGGUUGCUGGAAAUUUUGCAACCCAACGCACGUCUCAGCCAUUCAGUCAGACUCCAAUGGAUCAAACUCUCGAGCAGACACUAAAUAAGAAUUCCAAAACUAAAGGCGGUGUUAUUGGAUUCUCAAUUAACAAAUCUGCUGUCCACCGAUGGAUUAAAAGUUUUUCUGAUAGAGCAGAGAUUCAAUCUGUAUGUGAGAGUAUGGCUGGUCGCGGUAAUUGUACACGUCAGAGAAAGGAAAUGGAUAUCACACGGAGGCUAAAGGAUGAGAAAGCUGUAAAGAGUGUGAUCAAUACCAUAGAAGCAAUGACAAACCCAGUUUCCAUCGAGGAUGACGAGUUGGUCAACAUUGUUUCUGGCGCAAUUGCAUCACCGGAGGUCAAACACGAUAUUGCACGAGCCAAAACUGCUGGAGAGGAACAAUGCGCUGAGUACAUAGAUCUACGUCUGAAGAAAAAGGAGCUGGAUGUUUUUAACACAAUCAAAGCACUCAAACUAAAAACGUUCUCAUUAACGAGUAAGACGGUUAAGGCAAAAUCGGAAAAGGCGGUGUUACAAACCACAGCGAGGGAUCUUGCUCGAGUUCUGAUAGUCGCGAAGUUUAAUAACUUGGACUUCAAGUACGUGCUUUCUUAUCCUUUGUGUCCAGUACCAUUGUCGCUUGCCAACUAUGACGGAACGUUAGCCAAGACUGACAAGUCUGCUAUUGGUCGUCACCUAGAGAGCAAUGUUGAAGACGUAAGCAAUUCGAAUCGUUCUACUGCGUGGAUAAUUGAUGCCAUGGCUCUAAUUCAACGUCUGAAGAACAUUCCCAACACAUUCGAUGCAUUAUCCGCGGAAGUACUGAAGAGUGUGAUAGCUACAGCUACUCGACAUCGUUGCACCAGGGUCGAUUUUGUUACUGACCAAUAUCCAGAUUCAAGUAUUAAGGGUGCUGAGAGAGAGAGGCGAAAGGGAAAGGAUGCUUCUGUUAUCCGUUUAAAUGUUGACCAUGGUUCAAAGAAGACCCCAAAGCAAUUCAAGAAAUUCCUCUCGGUGGGGAAAAACAAGGAAAGCUUAAUCGAAUUUUUCUUUGAACAUUGGAAGACAGUCGAUCCAAGUUUUUUCAAGGGGUUGAGUUGUACUUCGCCCAUGCCUGUCAGUGUCACAAGUUUAAGGCGUCAGCAACGGUCUUGA